AUGAAGCUGCAGAAUGAGCCUAACUCGGACAUUCAAAACCUCGCAACGUACCCCGCGACCCCCACGCAGCCUCGACGCAAGAAGGCCGCAGAGGAAAUUACGUGGGUUUCGGGCCUGGAGACUCCCGAACCCAUCUUCGACUCCACUGACAAUUUGUCCAACGCUACCCAAGAUGAAGAAAAUCUCGAGUCCCACUCAAAGACUGCCAGCCUCCUCACUACUUCUUUUGACGUGGUUUCCGCCAACAACCACGGAAUUACCAGCCGCUUAGAUGUCAAAUCAGAUCAGCCAGCAGAAUCCAACCCAGAGAGGGAGAAAAGCCAAACACAGAGGCUCACCGCAGCCGUCCGUACAAUUAUAGAAUGUAUAGGCGAAGACCUGGACCGCGAAGGCCUCCGUGACACCCCAGAGCGCUAUGCAAAAGCCAUGCUCCAUUUCACAAGCGGAUACGAAGAGAACACCCAAGAUCUUAUCAAUGGAGCUAUAUUCAAAGAGGAUUGUGACGAGCUCGUCAUUGUCCGGGACAUACACGUGUCUUCACUAUGUGAGCACCAUUUGGUUCCAUUUAUUGGAAAGAAUCAAGAGCGUUUGACAAAGCAAGUUGCUUCUUGUAUAUUCGAGUUGCUCAACCCCCAAGGGAUUGCAGUUGUCAUGGAAGCUUCUCAUAUGUGCAUGGUCAUGCGCAGGGUGGAGAAAGUUGGCAGCACGACGAUCACUAGCUGCAUGUUGGGAUCCAUGAGGUCGAAUGGGAAGGCAAGAGAAGAGUUCUUAACUCUCCUACGCCGAGGGUAA